UUAAGCAUGUAGAAAUAAAUAAAGGUAGCGAAUUUGUAGCAGUUUAUGCUGCUUAUGUGCAGAGUGAAACUGAAACUAUAAAAAAAUCUAGAAUUUAUGUUUUUUCUCUUAAAACUGGUAUGAAUAUGGGUUUUCAUGAAUAUGAUGAUACAAUAAUUACUGACAAAAUUUACUUUAUUGCUUAUGGCGUUGGAGAACGUCUGCUUAUUAUAUCACGAAACCAGUCUGAUGAUGAAUCAACUACUCACUUAAUGGACCCAUUUUCGCCUAGAAUUAGUGUUCCUGCAGCAAAACUAUUUGAAACUGAUGUGGAAAUUCAAGAACCCUACAUAAUCAAAUUCGAUAAUGUUAUCGGAAUAAUAAAUCAAGAGGUGGCAAUUUAUAGUGGUCUGGUUCGAAAGGAUUGGAUACCUUAUCUACGGAAGGAACUUGGUGAUCAUAAUAGGAUAUUUGUACUUUCUGAUUCGAAAUUUAUUACGGAAAUGAUUAAGGAAGAAUUAUCUGGUGGAAGAAAUUUUACAAAAGCAUUAUUCGCAACGGAAAAGGGCAUACUUCAUUAUGACGGCAGUUAUUUGAAAUGGAAUUUAUAUUUUACGCCCAAUGAUAAACCCAAAUCCGUUCCUAAACUUGAACUUGAAGCCUUAUUCUAUGAUAAAGAUAAAGCUGAGUGGAUACCA